AUGAGUUCAGGCGAUAAGAAAAACUCCUCAAAAGAAAACAGUCCUAGGAGACCUCCACUUCCCUUAUUUCGAACUGCAAAGAACAAAUUAAGCUUAAUUUCAAAACUGAGGGACACUUCAAAUCUAGGAAGCCCAUCAAGACUAGAAAAAGAAAGCUUUGAAAAUCGAAAUUUUCAAUCUUUGUUAAGCAAAGUUACAUUUUCAAGCGAUGAUUAUUUAUAUGACCACGUUCUCUCCCCAGGCAUUGCAUUUUACAAGUUUCUUGCAAAGCGUUCAAAUAAAACAAAUAUAACGAGACUUGAAGUUUCAAUUCCUGACACAAUAGUUUUUAAUGAAAGUAUGAUGCCGGUCUGAAUUUAUACAGGUGAAGAUGGUUUUGUAUAUAGGACUGAAACGUUCCAUGAUCACUUAAUCCAUAAUAAAUUCGGCAUGGUUGAACAUCCUUGAGAAGUUGUUGCUGUGGUAAAAAAGCCUAAAUGAAAUAAUGAGCUCAAAAAAUACCAUGGGCUAAGCACAUACGUUCUAAACUCCACUGAUUUAAAAUCAAGACUCAAUGAGUUUUCUAGUGGAGAACCAUGCGUGAUCCAAAGGUUCAUCAAGAGCAAAGGACCUGUGGCAUUUGUCUGUCGAACUUUUUACAGAAAGCAGGGAAGGUGCUGUGUGUAUGUCAUUACAAAUAAAGUGGGAUUUUUAAAUGAAAAUGUCGAGCCAAGGAAAAGAUGCUUGACUUCGACAGGUGAAAAAGACUCAACAAAUAUCAUCACUUCAAUGACUGGGAGAUAUUUGAAUGAAACUCUUCCGAUGGUAAAAAAAAUUGCUCAGUUUUUGGAAAUGAAUAUGGGGACUGAAGUAUUAGAGCUUGCUUGCGAUUUUGUUAAGGACGAAAGUAAUAAAUGAUGGUUCACUACUUGUAAAGCGUUUAAGCUUGGAGAAAUGGAGCCCAAUUUAAGCGGUUUUAUCGUGGAUAAACCAUAUUGGAGCAGUGAUAGUGAAAAUGACGAAUCUGAAGGAAAUUCAAUGCAUAACGACUAUCAGAGACUUAAGAGAUGCAGGCUGUGCCAAGUCUAUCAUCCUCUAAGCGCUUUGUUGCACCAGCUGACUAUAAAGAUGAUUACUCAAACUGAUCAGCAUUUGCGUGAGAGAGGAGUUAUAUCAUGGUUUUAUUAUUUGUAUUAUAUUCAUAGUUCAAGUAGGAAUAUUUAUAUUUAUUUUUUAUUCGUAUUAAUAUAUGAUUGAAAUAUGAUCCAAUGACUAGACCGUGCUGAAUACCGACACUCUGGGAUGGCAACAGUCUACCAAAGCUACCCCGUCUGCCGAGACUGUUAUACUUUAUAUGAGCUUACAGAAGAAUUAAAAGAAAUUCAGCGAAUCACCUCCUUAGUUUUCAGCAUCCCUUAUAAGCCUACUGAAGUGAGCUAUGGAGAAAUGCCUGAAAAUUGGGAAUUCAAAUCUGACACAGCAGUUGUCAUGACGAAUGAAAAGCCAAAAACAGUCAUGGAAGAAGCUCGAGAAAGCAAGCCAAUGAAGCUUUUCAGAAUAGUUCUAAUUUUGCUUGGGAUCGAAGAAAUCUCACAAGGCAUUAAGCACGACUUUUCAAUUAAAUUUUCCAUGUUUAACAUAGAGCAAGUCUAUCAAUUAGACGAUUCAAAGUGAAAAGAUGGAAGAAUUGAAAUGAAUAAGUUUAGAAUGUUCCAGUUCUUUGCAAAUUCGAGAAAAGAAUGAAAACACUAUUUGAAUGAGAAUAAUGCGCUCUCAGUAUAUUUGUGUAAAGGGAACAAAACCAUUUCAAAAGUUGACUUAGAGAUGAUUGACUUUAGAAACCCCAUAGUAAAACAUAAAAAAUAUUAUAAAGUUUUGUCAAAAAAUACAAAUAUUUUGGGUUUUCUGAAUUGUCAAUUAGCAAUUGAGGAGGAAGGGUUUAUUGAUGUGACUAACAUUAAGCUGCAGCACAUUUCUGGGCUGUUUGUCCCUCCAGAAGAUUUUAUCUUAUGUUUGCCCUUACCAGACGAGUGGCUUGAAAUUUUGCCUGAUAUUAGCGACCCAACUGAAGCAAUUGAGCUCACAAAUCAUAGGCCUUCACUGAUUUCAACUGUAACUCAACAUAUCAACACCUCUUCUUUAAAUACCACUAAAGCGCUAAUUCCAAAGCCACCUCCAAAGCGUGCAAGAGCUCAAUCUGCACAUAACAAAAGAACUUAUCGAAAAUUUGAUUCCUUAAACAUGAAUCAAAGCUACCUAAACGAUUCAAAAUUAACAAAUCUUAAUGAUUCAAAAUUAAUUACAGCAAAAACAGUCAGAGCACGAUCAGCUUCACAAAGGAAAAAAAUUUGACGCUUAACAAUUGAGGUCCACACAGCAACUGGACUUAUUGAUCCUAUAGAAAAAAAAUGGAAAGUUGUUUUUAAAGCCUUUGGAUCUAAAUAUGCUGAAGAAGAAAUUACUAGAAGAGAGCAUCUAAUUCAUUUUAAAUUCAUGAAAGAAAUUUAUCCUGCAUUAUUAAAAUCAAUCCAUAAUAAUAUAAAUAUUUUAUAUAAAAAUAACCCAGCCAUUUGAUCUAUAUUUUCUAUAAAUUAGUAUAUAUUAAAUGCAGUAACUCAAAACUUUUGCAAACUUUAAUGAGUGAAGUUAUUGAGUUUAGAAUUUUUAGAGACAACGAAAUUGGAAAAGCAGCUGCACCCCUGGAAAUUUUGAGAUACGAAAGAAGUGUCAAGUCAGGUUAUCCUGUUGAAAUGGAGGGAAGAGGAGGUGUUUUUCUAGACGUGAAUCUAAAGCUGGAAGAAUCGAAGUCAAAAGAUGUUGAAGUCAUGAGAGUUGUUGGCCCAGGAGUUUCGCUUGUAAAAGUUGAAGUCUAA